CCAGUCAAUCUUGUUAUAGAACAAGAAAUUUUCUCUAAAUGUUGAUUUUUUUAUGACUCAAUGCUGAUUUUUGAUGGUUUGAUGUGGCUUAAUGUUGAUUUUGAUGACUUGAUGUGAUUUAAUGUUGAUUUUUUAUGAUACGAGGUAUAUGUAACAUACUAAAUAAAGUUAGAAAAGUGGGAAAAUAAAAUAUAACACUUGGUCUCCUUGUUCGCCUUAAAGCGGUCGCCUUGUCGCCUAAGCACUUAGGCAGCCAUCAAACACCUUGGUUUGCCUUGGCGCCGUAACAACCUUGAGAAGGGCCAUACUUGGAUCUCUCAAGAUGGGUUGAGGACUUUAGGAACCUAUUUACAUUGACUGUUUGAUUUAUAAAGACACUGUUCUUAUCAUCUUCUUGUUUGCCUAAUGUUUUGGAUUUCUUUUGUUUCAUUGUUUGUUUAUGUUUUCAUGACCUGAUCCUUGUAAUAAUAAAAGAAGAGAAAGAAUAUAUGAGCCAUGUAAACCUAAUUCUGCUCGUAAUGGGCCCAGUAAGGAUACACUUAACCCAGAGAAAAGCUGAAUCAAAAUGAAUGAUUCACACAUUUUUUUUAAAUAAAAAAACCUACAAAAACCCUCUUGCCCCUUGGCGCAGCAUUAUCUGGUUCAAUGGCCACAUCUCUCGCCAUAGUUUCAUUGCUUGGCAGGUUAUCUCCAACUACCUUCCCACGCAAUCCUUCCUCCUGUACUGACACAUUCAAGUCCCCUCCUCUUGUUGUCUUUGCUGGAAUGGCAUUGAAGAUGUCAGCCAUAUUUUUUUCAUAUGUCCUUUCUCCUCUACCAUUUGGAAGAGGGUCCUUAGUAGUUGCUUGCCAUCUAGAAGAAGUAUCCUCCCCUUGAGCAAAGAAUAGAUCUGGGUUGACGUGACUUUUGUUGGUUCCUCUAUUUGUAAUAUUGCCGGGAAGCUCGCAUUUUGUGCUACUAUUAACCAUAUCUGGAUGGAGCGAAAUCUCCAUAGCUGGACUUCCAACUCUUGUUCUUUUGAAAAGAUUUGGAAUGCCAUUUACUUUGAUGUUCUAAUCUCGACUCUCCCUGCCAUUGCACUGUUCGAGACACCCCAAGGAAUUUGCUCACCUGCGGGCUGGGGCCUUCCUAUUUACAUUAUUCACCCCCUUGAUGGUCUUAUCCUCUUUGUAGGGCUCGCUCCUCCUGUUAAUUGAUGGUUUUCCAUCUUUUUGCUGGGCUAGUCCCUUCUGGCCUUUUUCCUCGUAUAUUCUUCUCUGUUUUGGUUAUGAAUUUACUUAUUCAUCAAAAAAAAAAAAAAAAAAAAAAAAGGAGGAUAAUAUGAAAGAAGAUAUUCAGAUCUGUACACCAUGAACAGAUUUAGGUUUGCCCAUCAAACCUUGUGGGAAAGAACCUGUCUUUGCCGUAAACUGUAAGCAUGAAUCCCAUUCUUUCAAAAUAAGCAAUUUAUGAUAAUAUAUAGAGGAUUUGUCAUAUUUCCAAACCUGACCAAUAGCUUUUGACUAAAGGAAACACUUAUAAUUCUGAGACAUCCCUUAAUUAAACAACUAACUUAUCUCUACUUGGUGGGCCUCACAACUAAACAAAGUUUGCCACUUCCCCUUGGACUCAAUACUUGGGCUUUAUAACCUCAUUACAAUAAGAACCCAUAAAUUAGAAAACUAAUACUGAAGCUCAUAUAUCUUUAAUUUUAAUACAAUAAAACCCAAUUCAUGUCAAUACUGUGCUCCCCUGUAAGAAAUCCCAAUUUAAUGGACUGAAAAUAAAGAUUUUAUCCAUACAGAUGAUCAGCAUCAAUGCUUCUGGCUAUUGAUAUGCUAAGUGUGUUAGGCUGAAUAGUUUUAAGAAAUGACUAGAAACCUCGCUGGCAGCUUUUGGUUAUAUUUGGGAUUUUUUGUUUGGGCACUGUGAUAACUUUCUGACUUAUACCGAUUUUCUUUCUAGGGUUGGAUUCAACUCAGUGUACCAUUUGACAGAUUUGCCCUCUUUUGUGAGUGGAAAAUAUGUGGUGUUAUUUGAUCCACAGGGUGUAUAUCUUCCAAAUAUUUCAGUGGCAAAUCCUGGAAAGCGUAUUGAGUAUGUUAGUUCUUCAGCUGUUUCAAUUUAUAAUGACCAGUUCAUUCCAUAUUGUGCUUUUGGAUGUGACAUGAAACAGCCUUUCCAUGGAACUUUAUUCCGUUUCCCUUUGAGGAACUCAGAUCAGGGAGCCAUUAGUAAGCUCUCAAGGCAAGCAUACGCAGAAGAUGACAUUUAUUCUAUGUUUGCUCAGCUUUAUAAGGAAGGGAUUUUCACCCUGCUCUUUCUUAAGAGUGUUCUCUCUGUUGAAAUGUAUACAUGGGAUGCUGGGGCACCUGAACCACGGAAGCUCUACUCUUGUUGUGUCAGCUCAGCAAAUGAUGAUAUAAUUUGGCAUCGCCAGGCAUUACGAAGACUAUCUAAUUCUGUUAUGUCUGCAAAUAAUGAGGUGGAUUCCUUCUCAUUGGACUUCUUAAGUGAGGCAGUUCUUGGGACCCAGUUGGAGAAGAAGACGGCCACAUUUUUCAUAGCGCAGGCAAUGGCAUCAGGAUCAAGUAAAAUUGGUGCUUUUGCUGCUGCUGCUGUCGAAGAAUAUGAUAUUCACCUGUUGCCUUGGGCAUCAGUUGCUGCAUGCAUUUCAGAUGGUUCAUUGGAGGAUGUCAUCUCGCAAAGGCAAGGAGCCCUCAUCCUCUGGCACUCGACGUAAGACCACCGCUUCUAAGUGGAAGAGUGCGGGAAUUAGCUCUCCAGCCCCCCGCACAGGGAGACCCGACCUGCCCGGUUUGACCCUUCGGACUACGAUGAGGAGCUCUUCCACAGUGCAGAAGCAGCAUCCAACUGGCCGGCCUUCCUAAAGAGGUCGGUGAUGAUGGAGAAGACCGUGGUAGUCGACGACUUCCACAAGGUUCGGCUUUAGGAGAGGUUUACAGCACUGGGCUGGCAGUCCAUCCUCCAAGUAGACCGUCUGUGCUACGAGUAGCUGGUUCGUAGGUUCUACUGUAACCUGGAGGUUUCCUAUCAGUACGGGGAGUACACUAUAGUCAGCUUGGUGAAGGGGGUGGACAUCCAGCUGACCGUGGGCACCUU